AUGCCGACUCCGAUCCCGAUUCCGGCUCCGGCCAUGAGUCCGACUCCGGCUCCUCCGACAGCAGUGCUGAUUGGCCCGGUCGAGGCCGGUUCUAUCUCUAUCACCAUCUAUUGUUGGAAAAGCCGCAUUGACAGUCUGCAGGAGCAAGUGGACAACUUAGUCACUCAGGUGGCAUUAAUGAAGCAUAAUAGUGAUAACAGUCCACCUGCUCGACCACUGAACCACCAGUGUCGCCGCAACGGAGAUGAAUCAGACCACAACUACAAUCAUGGGAUACCGAUUAGAAACUCACCGUCAGGCGCUGAUACGGACCUGGACUUUAUCUCUCGCGGGCUUUUCACUCUCCUAGAAUGUGAAGAGCUUCUGGCAAAGUUUCGCUUGCAUAAGAUGGCCCAGUUUCCCUUCUUGAUAAUUCCCACUCACCUGGGCGUUCCAACACUUCGGCGACAAUUUCCCUUCCUCCUAAUGUGCACCAUCACCGCCUGUCUGGAACACAAAGCAUCGUUACAGCAUGGCAUGGAACAAGAAGUUAGGGAAUCUAUUGCCACCCGCUUGGUCAUCAACUCUGAGAGGAGUUUGGACUUGCUCUUAGGACUUUUGGUCCACGUUGCCUGGAACCAUUAUCACUGGCAUAUCCAUGAUUCCCAGGCUUCUAUGUUUCUGCAAAUGGCGGUCAUGAUCGUCAUUGAUCUAGGUUUAGACAAAGGAAACUUCGCCAUGCAGGCUUCCCCGCCUAUCAGCUGGGCCGCUGAUCAGAUGGAGAAAGAUACUAAUUGCUGGAUCUCAACGGCACAAAGGGCUUUUCUCGGAUGCUAUUAUCUCUGUUCGAGGUCAUUGUUCUUUCGCGGACAAUUAGCUAUGAGACAUACUGAGUGGAUUAAACGGUGUACCGAGGUACUUGCACAAAAGGCGGAAUAUCCUAGUGAUGUAUUGCUCGGGGUGUAUAUCAAAGAGUAUACACUCUGUGAGACGACUAGGUCGCUUGUUGGGGAGCAUUUUCAGGGAGCAGAUAAGAGCAUGGCCUGGAAGGAGCUGUCAGAAUCCCCCGCACUGCAACAACGGCAUACAGAAGGCCUUCUCCGUAGAUCCAAUCUCUGGGAUAACUGGGCUGUGCGCAUAGAGCUCAGUGCAACAUCAAUGCUAGUUCUUGGACGGCAAAAAUACAUUUCCCACGACAAUGUACAGCGACUUCAAGCACUAUGCUCAUCAGCACACGAUACUAUCAACACCUUCCUCGCAAUACCGUCACCAGUGCUUGCUCACCUGCCCGCUUCAUCAUACAAUAUACUCUGGUACAGCCUCCUGCUUCUCUCCAGGCUUUGCCUACUAUUCCAUGCGCAGCCCGAGAUUUCUGGUAUCAAAAAACACGACAUACACACCCUCGGACUUGCUCUGAUGAAGGAAAUGGAAGGGCAAUUUCGAGAAGGUGACGCGUUAGCGAACUGCGAAAACGUGCUGAGAAGCAUGUUGGUUUGGCUGGGAAAUAAUGCAAGUGAGCAGCAACAAGGGCAGGUCGAUCUCUCGGCACGGGGAUCAGAAUAUGAGCACGAAAGUACUCGGUUGCAUCAUUCUGGACAUCCCCAAGGCGACAGGAAUUCCCGGGAGGCCGCUUUAUGGGGUCAGAUGCUUGAGGAUCUUGACUGGCUCGAGGGCCCAUCCGGCUUCGUUGUCCCAUAA